UGUUCCAAAGUUUGCCGAGCAGCUGCGUCCCACCACUCAAGAGGUUAACGGCUUUUACUUGUUCAUCUUUACAACCUAAAGGGCUCGUACUGGCAGCUGCCUGGAAAUGUGUGUACAGAACAUCAAUAUUUAAGUAACUGGAUCUCACUACAAGACCAAGUAAGCUGGAAGGAGGUUCAGAGACGACAUAGGCGGUCUCCACGCACCAUCCGUUCCAUAACCUUUAUUUCUGCCAGAGGUCUUAUAGGUUCUCAUGUAAUGAUGUUUAUCUGAAGACCCUGCCGUAGGUCCCAACCAUUCAUUCGCUUUCUCUAAACUGGAUUACCGACACGUCGUCUAUCAACCGUACUUGGUUUUUGAUGUCCCAUGAAGAUACCAGUCGUGCAAAGAAGAAGAUUUGCAUUUUCUGAAUCAGAAGCACGAGGGUAUAUCUGAAGACCAUGGUACAUAAAAGCAAACCAUUUUGGAUUGGCAAUUUCAAAGAUCACUCCAUUAACAUUAACGUGGGAGGAAUGAAAAAACGCAUCAGCCCCAUCACGUUGUUGCAGUUUCCGGACACGAGACUGGGGAGGUUGCUUUCCUGCGACUCGGAAGAGUCCAUUCUUCAGAUCUGCGACGACUAUGACUUGGUGUCCAAAGAGUUCUAUUUCGACAGGAACCCGGGCCUUUUCCCCUACGUCCUGUACUUCUACGAGACUGGGAAGCUCCACAUGAUGGACGACUUGUGCGCCUUUUCUUUCUCCCAAGAGAUCGAAUACUGGGGAAUCAGUGAAUUUUUCCUGGAUUCCUGUUGCAGUUACCGUUACCACGAGCGGAAGUUGGAAAGCAGGCGACGCAACUGGGAUGAGGAUAGUGACGCGAGCAGCAUUGAGACAUCCGUGGAUGAAAUCUCUGACUUUAACCAAGACAUCAUGUAUUUUGACAACGUGCAGUGUGGGAACUUGCGCAAACGCCUGUGGCUCACCAUGGAGAACCCUGGCUACUCCAUCCCUAGCAAAAUAUUCAGCUUUAUUUCUAUUUGUGUCGUUCUAAUAUCAAUAUCUACCAUGUGCAUCAACAGCAUGCCCGAAUACCAGCAAGUGGAUGAGGAUUUGGCACCUGUAGAUGAUCCCAUCUUACACAAGCUGGAAUACUUCUGCAUCUCCUGGUUUACUUUUGAAGUAUCUUCAAGACUGCUUCUUGCACCCAACCUGAAGAAGUUCUUCAGGCAUCCAUUAAAUCUCAUUGACAUUGUCUCAGUGUUGCCAUUUUAUAUAACCCUUUUUAUAGACUUGACCUUUGGUAGUGAUUACGAGCUGGGAAAUGUGGGGAAAGUUGUCCAAGUAUUUCGCUUAAUGAGGAUCUUCCGGGUUCUGAAGUUGGCCCGACACUCCACUGGAUUGCGUUCACUUGGAGCAACACUCAAGCACAGCUACAGAGAAGUUGGAAUACUCCUCCUUUACCUGGCUGUUGGGGUUUCUGUGUUUUCUGGAAUGGCAUAUACGGCAGAAAUGGAUGAAGACACUGGUUUUGACACAAUCCCUUCAUGCUGGUGGUGGGGCACUGUAAGCAUGACCACGGUGGGCUAUGGCGAUGUAGUGCCGGUGACAGUUGCGGGAAAGCUGGCAGCCUCUGGUUGCAUCUUGGGGGGAAUAUUAGUGGUGGCACUGCCUAUAACAAUCAUAUUUAACAAGUUCUCCCACUUCUACCGCAGACAGAAAGCGCUUGAGAACGCGGUCAGGAACAGUGAUAGAAUUCCCAGAGAAGACAGUAACGUCUCUGAAGACAAAAACUCAGAGCAGUCUGUAGAGCUUUGAGGAUCCGUGGUGACUAGCCAUGUCCUUGAUGUGUAUAUAUAAUAUAAAGCAAGUAUACAGACAAAAUAAACCGUACUAAGUAAUAAGCUUGCACUUGUAACAGAGAGACACGGCUAUACCACCAGUCAGAACUAGAACAAUCUGAAGGCAAAGUCUUACCUUACAAUACAAAGGAAAGUCAUUUGGACUUUUGGAUAAGUCAAUUCUGGAAAAUGGUGCUCUAAAAGAAGAGAGAUGAUAAACAUGUGCUCCACUAGAGAAACAUAUGGUCCUCUAGAACAGGGAUCCCCAAUCUUUUUUUACCCAGCAACACAAAUAAAAAAAAUGGGGGAGCAAUGCAUGCAUAAAAACAUUCCUUGGAGGUUACCAAUAAGGACUGUGACAGGUUAUUUAGUAGCCCACUGUGGACUGGCAGACUACAAGAGACUCUGUUUGGCAGUACACAUGGUCUUUAC